AUGGCCGGCCCGGAACCCCACAAGAGAAUAACACUGAAGCGCAUAGCGCACGCCUACUACAAGUACGCAGAUCUGGAAACGGCGGCCCAAUUUCUGGCAGACUUUGGCUUCACGGAAGAGAAGCGAGUAGGCGAGGACAAGAUCUAUUUCCGCGGUUAUGGGACAGAACCAUGGGUCAUUUGUGCGAUCCGGAACCCCGGCGGCCGGGGGGAGAACGAGUUUGGCGGCGUCGCCUACGUGGUCGAGUCUGAAGAAGACCUGCGAGUCGCCUCCGAGACGCUGCCCAAGGCAAGCAAGAUCCAUGAUAUCGAAGACGCGCCUGGAGGUGGUAAGCGUGUGACGUUUCUGGAUCCAGUUGACGGCUUCCCGUUUCACCUGGUUUGGGGCCAGGACACUGUUGAUAUGCUGGAUAUUCCACUGCCACACGAGGCCGUGAAUUAUCCAACUGAAAAGAACAGAGCCGUAAACAAGACACAGCGCUUCAAGAAACGGCCAGCACCUGUCCAUAAGCUUGGACAUUGGGGUCAUUGCACCACAAACUACUCCAAGACCUUUGAGUUUUACACAUCGCGGUUCAACUUCAUCCCAAGUGACAUUGUCCACAAUGCCGAAGGCGUCGAUGUUACUACCUUUCUUCGGCUCGACCGGGGCGCGGAGCAAGUGGACCACCACUGCUUUUUUUUCUACCAAGGACCGAAAUAUCACGUUCACCACUCGUCGUAUGAGACGCACGACUUUGACACUCAAGUACUCGGCCACGACUGGCUGAGAGCCAAAGGCUACAAGAACUGCUGGGGCGUUGGACGCCACGUCCUCGGCAGCCAAAUCUUUGAUUACUGGUACGACCCUGCAGGCUUCAUCAUGGAGCACUAUGUCGAUGGUGAUCUCGUGGAUUCCACGCAAGCUCCACACAGAUCGCUGGCUUCACCCGAUGGCCUCCACGUUUGGGGGCCGGAUGUACCAUCAGACUUUGUUGAGUAA